CCAAUUGAAGUAAUGCAUUAAUGCAGGACAACUCGAACGGACUGAGCCAAAUCUAGAAAAAAAUAAAUACAUUUGGUCGACUGAAAAUAGAUGUAAAUGCUCGAAAAAGGAGAUGUUAUAUUUCUACUUCGCUGGCGCGUAUUUUCGGUAACUGGAGUUAACCAAACUGUUCUACAGGAAGCUAUAUUAUACUAGCAGAACUCGAAGGUGUUCGUUUCAAAUUUCUCCUAGUUCGUCGUCCACCCUUCCUCCACCGGGGCAGACCCGGCGUGCUUGAUAGGUUAUCUACGUUGAGCUGAAUAGAAUCGGGCGCGGGACUGCCGUAGUUGUGAAGGCGGAUCAUCACACUCACAGUCAGCACUGUCUCCUUGUUGUUUAUGUUAAUAUUUCAGUUCAUUUCUGUAACUGCCAACUGGGAGCAGUGUGUGUAUGUAUCAAUUUAACUUCAUAUCAUAUCGUCCACCCUGUUUGUGAGAAAGACUGAGCGGAGGGAGACAGAAAAAAUGAAGCACAAAAACAAAUCGACGGCAACGCCAGAAAAAUCAGCAAGGCAGUCAGCGCCAGAGAGCCCCUUUCUUCCUCAAAAGAAGAUAAAUGACAGCCCCCAGCUGAGGUUCAAGAAGCCUGAGGAGACAGAACAGUGGUUGUUAUCAAGGGAGAAGACGGACUACACAUACUCAAGGAGUGCAAGUUACUCAUCGUCGUUAAGCCAAACUGGGUCCUUGCGAAGGCUGGCCAACUCUUACGAGACUCCAAUCAUGUCUAGGAAUGGUCAAGACGAAAGUGAGCUCCUACCCCAGACACCGCACUCAACUCAACCAAGUCACAGAUACGCAACAAGAUCAUCUGCAAGACGAAGCAAUAGACUGGCUGGACAACAUGAAGGACAAUAUGAGAAUACGCCAACACGUGGAAGAUCAAAAUCGAGGACAAGGCGGGUCCCGAAGACCGCAAUGCAUAUGUUUUCUGACGAGAUGCAGGAUAGUAAUGUAAAUGGAGAGGCUUAUAGCAGUAUUCAUGAAACAAGUAUUUCAGAUCGCUCUGGUGUGGUAUCGGACACUAGUCAUAGGGGAAUGAUGACACGGAACAAUCAGAAGAACAGGAGCUUGCAAAUGUAUGGUCUGGAUGGUAAUGAGAGUGACUAUUCUGAAAGUGAUAUUAUCUCAGGUGGUACAAGCACAACUACCAUCACCACCAUCACAACAACCACGUCUACAACUUGGCUGCAGCAGCAAGGAAACCAUUACCACAAGCAAACAGGGGUCUUCCCAGUGUUCAUGAGUUCACUUAUCUCGGUAUUAGUUGUCAUAGAAACUAUCGUGAGAACAGUGGUUUCCAAGACAAUUACAGUCGUCAAGUCAUCGUCAUCAAGCUUUAGGUCAAAGCUGUCAUCAGCAGGGUAUUCAUUAUGGGAUCUGUUGCUGUGGUUAUUGUCAUGUUUGUGGAUGUUAGGACGAAAGAUAGCCGGGGCAUCCAGGUCAUUAUGGUAUAAUCCUUGGUUCUACAGCUUUAGAAGGGCACCCAUCACCACCUUGCAGCAUGGUCCACAGUAUCGCACUGAGAGUGAGAUGUAUGCAACAGGUGGUGAUUACACAGAAACAACUACCACCACUACCACAACUAUAUUGGAAGAAGAAGAGAGAAGGAGAAGGGGUAUCCCAUUAUGUUGCUUUUGUCUUCCUUUACUGCUUUUUCUGUUUGUCGCAUCGGCAGCCACCAGCAGAUACUUCUUCUUACCGCUAAUAGCAAGAAAUGAAACCAAUGAAACAAAGGGAGAGUCCUCUCUACAUCCAAUCAACCAGCAAUUCAUCUCCUUACAAGAGAGGAUCAAUUAUUGGUUCACCCCAUCCUCGAAUCCUGACCAAGAGCCGCCAAACCAAGGAGCUUUUGUUGCUAUGGCAGGGGUAGAAGGAUGUAUCAAGUGCCUAAAACAAGAUCAGUUGAUGGGUUGGAUUAAUUCAGCUGUACAGAGAGAGGUCGGAGAGCUUCGCAUGCAGCUUAAUAGCCAGAAAGAUCAAAUUGUUCUACUUCAAGAGCUUCGAGGCAGGCAAUCUAAGGAGAUUCAAGCCCUUCAAACACAACUCACCGAUACUAUAGCAAUCAACUCGGCUUCUACACCAAACAAAGCCACAAUAGAUCUCAUUAGCUCAUUGGAAUCACAGAUUUCAGAUCUAAAAGCUGGUGUACGGAUGUUACAACUCAAGGUUGACUCUGCUGCUACUGAGCAGACAGACAACUUGUCCCCUGCGACAGUAAGUCUACGCAAAGACUUCACAACUUUAACAGGCAGCUUAGCGGAACUCAGAGGAUCCUUGCAGCGAUUACAUGCCAAGUGUUUAGCAGAUGCUGAACUGGCAAAGUCAUCAAAUCGUCAAUGCAGAGGCGAUAUCAGUUCGCUGAAUGCCAACAUGCUCACACUCUCUCAGAAAAUUGCUGAAGUCCAAAGCCUUGAACUGACUUUAGUACAAGUUAAGAGAGAGAUGGAAACCUUCUCGCAAACUGAUGGCCACCAUUCCAUGCAGCUCUCGUCAGUGGUAGAAAAUAUUAACUCUGUAGAAGCAAGUCUUACAGCGAUCCGCAAGGAAAUGCGUGACAUUGAGCUUAAUGCAACAGACGCUGCAUCACACAGUGGGACGUCUGCAAGUCAUCUGUCCGCUUUGUAUGAGGACAUGUCAGUGCUGAAGCAGGAUAUGACAGAUAUGAAGAUGAAACAUGUUGGUUAUGAAGGUUCUAUAGAAGGUCUUGCCAACAAGCAUACAUCUCUGUUGAAUGCUGCAAAGGUAACAGAGACUGAUCUCUCUGAGCUGAGAACAGCAGUCAACCAACUGAUGUCUACUGAUAUGAACAGUAUUUUGGAACGGUUGAGUCAGCUCCAAACUAGACUGAAUGGGCUUGAGAAAGACAGUAGCCAGCUACAGCUCAAUUUGAACACAUUGCAGGCAUCUAGAACAGUGGUCCAAGGUGAAAAAGAUUCAACAGUCAAUACAGAGGCCGUCAACAUCCUCCAGGCAAAUCUCAAUAAACUUGGCUCUCAGUUUGCCAGUUUGCAAACUGACAUUGCCAGCAUCCAACUUAAGGUCACAGAACUGAAAACAUCUAUGUCGCAAACUACUCAGACAGCAGAUAUCCACUCUGCUAAGCUGUUAGCAUUGAGCAAGAGCAUGAGUGCCUUAGAGAAAAGUUUGAAUGGAUCGGUGGUGAUGCUUUCAGAAGCUGAAGGUGCUUCUCAUUCCUUGAUCAGCAUUAGGGACAUGAACGUCCUCAAAGAAGAAAUGGAUGCAGUUCAUGUGGCCAUUGGCAAACUUAAGAAUGAUCUUGCAGGAGAGACCGCUUCAGGUAUCACCAUCAUCAAAUCUGAAUUAACCUCAUUGUCAAGUCAGCUAGAACAUCUUGAAGGUAGACUUGAAGAAGUCAAACUUGAGGCAUCAUUGGCUAACCUUGAUGGAGCCGUUAAAGAUGUAACACAGGGCCAGGUCAGUCUACAGGAUGAUGUCGUUAGACUUCAGUUCAACACAGACUUGAUCAAAAAGCAGACCUCAAGAGCCAAUGGUGAUGCUAUCCAACUGAGUGUGCUAGAAACUAGACUGAAUGACCUUGCCACAUCAAUUCAAGUCUUGCAGAGUAGCGGGUCAUCUGCUGCUGGCGCUGCCACAGGAAGCACCUGUUCACAGAACACAGAUUUCAUGAAGGGAGAUAUCAUUGCCUUACGUCAGACCCUUAGUGAUAUCAAUGCCAUCUUGUUUGCGCCAGACAGCUCUGACAAAUCCACAUCUACCUUCCUAGCUUCCAUCCAGGAUAGACUUGGUGCACUUGAUGCUGCUUUGGCAGCUCUGAAGAUCUCUCAAGAUUCAAGGAGUGAUGAUCUUGCAGCUGCUGUUGCAGGACUGCAGAUGGAGAUGGACAAACUGGGGCUUGGACUGGAGAGACUUGAUGCUGCCCAAAAAGAGAGCAGUGGGGGUAUCGGUGUUGCUGCUGGAUUAGCAGGUGCUUCCCUAGGAGGGGCUGCUUAUGAUGAUGAUAUCUCUAAGCUCAAGGCGAAUGUAUCUCAGCUACAGCAGCAGUAUGCCCAUCUAGAAGUAGAUGUCAUCAACUGCUGUAAGAACAAGACAGGGGCAGCUGGAAUGCCAUGGUUCUUUCCCUUCAUAUCGACCGGUGGAAGCGGAGAAGCAGGAGGUACGGCUGCUGCUGGAGGGAGCUUGGAUGAAGCACGUGUGAAGAGCAUCGUUAUCGACGCAUUGGACAUGUACAACGCUGAUAAAACUGGAAUGGUAGACUAUGCUCUGGAGUCUGCCGGAGGAAGCAUCAUCAGCAUCAGGUGCUCGGAGACCUACGCCUUCAAGACCGCCCUCUUUAGUCUGUUUGGGAUACCUCUGUGGUAUCUGAGUAAUUCACCAAGGACAGUCAUUCAGCCUGAUGUACAUCCAGGUAACUGUUGGGCUUUCAAAGGGACACAAGGCUAUAUUGUAAUCCAGUUAGCAAGUACCAUUAAACCUACAGCAUUCUCCAUGGAACACAUCCCUAAAGCCUUAGAUCCUGCUGGAGUCAUUGAUAGUGCUCCAAAGAACUUUACUGUUUGGGGAUUACGUGACGAGUAUGAUCAUGAUGGCUAUCUACUCGGAUCUUAUGUGUAUGACGUUGAUGGCAGUCCUCUUCAGUUCUUCCCUGUGCAGAACAAAGACUCGGGCCCAAUACCAUUCAUCGAGCUGAAGAUAGGGAGUAACCAUGGCAACAUGGAGUAUACAUGUUUGUAUCGAUUCAGAGUACAUGGUGUGCUUCACAGAUGAUAAUGUCUCCGCCUCAGUUACAUCCCAUCUUCCAUUCUGAUUGUUUUUCAUCCAUGACAUAAUCCACAUCAGUGUGUUGAAUGUCAUCUCCACAUUUAUGUUAUGUAAUCAAGUAUUCGCCAACUUCCAAGAAGUUUUGUAGACAUGUGUAGGUCAGGAAUACAUGUAUAUUAAUGAAAAAGUGGAACAAAAUGUAAUGUCUAUGCAGGAGGAAAAAAGACCCCAGCAAAUCAAACAGACAGUAAAGAAGGAAGUCUUGCCAAUUAUUUUUUAUAUGUGUACAUCAAAGUGAAGUCUAGGAGGACCUUGUUUUACAAAGAGUUUUAAUUGAUCUGAUCAAUCUCAAUUUUGGAAAACUACUUAAUAAUGAAAUCAGUGACACUGUCAUCUCUUGAGAUCACUAAUUGGUUGAACCCUUGUAUUCUAGAUGAUGAAUGAUGGUGUUAUUGGCUUUCCAUAUUUGAGAUAGAUUUGAAUUUGUCAACACAGACAGGUCCAUUGUAAAUCACAUAUACCACCGAUGUGCUGUGGUUCAAAUAAGGUAUACUGUAAAUUGAUACCUUGUUGAAAAUCCAUUUCUCGAGCCUCAAAGAAUGUACUUUUUCACUGCAGUUGUCCGUAGUAACUACAUACUUGGUUCUCACAAUUUCAGUCAGUGGUUUUGUUUUGGCUGAGAUGCACAUGGAAGUGUUUCAUGAAAAGUGUUGUCAGUAAAUUCUGUUUUUUUUUUUUUUUAAUUAAUAUUGUCUUUUUAUUAUGUUUUGGGGAUCCAGCCUUACAGGUUUUUUAUAACCUUCAUGGAAAGCCACGCAAUUUAUUUUAUUAUCUAAUCACAUUAUUUGAUGUUUCUUUGUAUUUUUAUCCUAUUUUGCGAAAUAAAGAUUUAAUUGAAUUGAAGUUUCACUGAUGUUAUAAGUUUCUAGAAAUCCUUGCAUCUUAUUGGCUGAGUGCGAAUUAAUCUGUGAAAACUGAGACAAAACUCUUCAUGAAGCACUCCUGUGGUUGGAGAAAAGACAACUCAUCAAUGUGGACUGUCUUCAUGAAACUGUGCCCUGAAUACAUGGUAAAUAAUUGGUAAGAAAUUGAAAAUUUGAAAAAAAAAAAAUGUAUUCUAUGAAGAACUUCAUCUAAAAAUUCAAAUCGCUCGAUACUCAAAUGGUGUGUAAUCACACUCUGUGCCUCCCAUGUAACUUCACUGUAGUCAGUAGCGGACCGUGACCCAGAGGAGACAAUUGAUUGGAAGGGCACUCACUGUAUUGUUUGUGAACAAUGCUGUGCCCCUCCAAUGCUUUGUCUCC